AUUAACAUGGAUGAAAUUUUCUCACACGUUUCAUUCAUAUCGACCAAUGGAGUUUAAUUUCAUCACAUUCGUCGUGUUUCACUUUCUUUUAAUUUGAAAUUUUUAGAAAAAUAAAAAUUCCCGAGUAUUUAUAUAUAAUUGCUUUUAAUUCGCGAUCGAUCUUGACCUUUGUCAACAAGGAAAUUCUAACUAAGAGUGGGUGAAGGGGUGAGAGAGGGAGAUAUACAGAAAGUGUGACCGUGACCACGUGUAAAAUUUUCGAGUUACUCUUUUUCAAUGACAAGUUCAAGAUCUUUGAUGUUACCAGUUUUGGCGGCGGCUGGUGCAGUUGUUAUUAUUGGAAUAGGAGUAAAGCUCUACCUCUCAUAUAUACCUGGUAAAAAUAAAAAGGUGAAAAUACUUUUAGAGGAUCCUGUUGUUAAAUACAGUCUUCCAUUGAUAAAAAAAGAAGUUAUUAGCCAUGACACGAGGAAAUUUCGUUUUGGCCUUCCAUCCGAUGAACACGUUCUGGGACUUCCAAUUGGUCAACAUAUACAUUUAACAGCAAAAAUUAACGACGAAGUUGUUAUUCGUUCCUAUACUCCCGUAUCCAGUGAUGAUGAUAAAGGAUAUGUUGAUCUUGUCGUUAAAGUCUACUUAAAAAAUAUUCAUCCAAAAUUCCCUCAAGGAGGAAAAAUGUCUCAGUAUUUGGAAAAUUUAUCCGUCUCGGAUACUGUUGACUUUCGAGGACCAUCUGGACGUCUUGUCUAUAAAGGCGAAGGCACAUUUUCGAUUAAACUUUUAAGAAAGGAACCUCCUGUAGAAUACAAUGUUAAAAAGGUCGUCAUGUUGGCCGGCGGUACAGGAAUCACUCCAAUGCUACAAUUAAUUCGUGCAAUGAUCAAGAAUCCCAAGGAUCAAACUCAAGCAUCAUUAUUAUUCGCCAAUCAAACUGAGAAGGACAUUCUUUUGCGCAAGGAACUCGAGGAAAUUGCAAAAAAACAGUCGCAACGCUUUAAACUUUGGUUCACGCUCGAUACAAGCAGCGAGGGUUGGAAUUACAGUACGGGUCACAUUAGCGCUGAAAUGAUAUCCGAACACAUGUUCCCAGCAUCGUCGGACACCAUUGUCCUCAUGUGCGGACCACCACCAAUGAUCAAUUACGCCUGCACGCCAAAUCUCGAUAAACUCGGUUACGAUCCAAAAUUACGCUUCGCCUACUAAAAAUUUAGUCUCUUCAAAUUUAAUUUAUAAAUAUUUUUAAAGAAAAAAAAAAGUUACCUUUUUGUAUAGAUAGAACCAAAAAAAAAGACCUCGAUAUAAAAGCAUUUAUUUCCAUUGUGAAAGAAUUUUUUCUUGCGAAUAAAAAAAAAAAUCCUAUUUAAGGAAAAUUUGGUGCUGCUUUGACAAUUUUUUGUAAAUUUCUUAUUUUUUUUCGCAUUAACAUCGAAAAUGAUUUUUAAAUCAAACGAUUAUCAAUUUCUUUUUUUUGCAUUGACGCCGUAACUGAUUUUUAAAGUAUCAAUUAUCAAUUAAAUUCGUUUUUAUUUUUUUUCUUAAAACAUAAAAAUCGCGAAUUUGUUUUUCUACCUUUUUUAAUCAUAUUCAUCGAAAAAUAGCGAAUGCGAAUAAUUGACGAAUUUUAAUACCUUCUUUUUCUAUAUAUACAUUUACUGUCGUCUCUUCGAUUUCUUUUUUCACACUAUGUAAGAACCACAGUAUUGAUAUUAAAAAAAAAAAAAAUUUUAGUAUAUUUUGUAAAAUGUGCUGUGUUUUAGUAAAAAGUAUAAUAGACACAUGGUUAAGGCAUUUAAUUAUGUUAAACCUGUAUUGAAAACUGUUAUAUGUGUAUAAAAAGAAAGACAAUAACGUU